AUGGCGUUCAACAAUCAGGGCUUUGGUACUGCCGGACAGAAUUUCGCAAGUGGAUUCACACAACAACAAGGAUUCGGAGGUCAGGCGGGUAAUUCCACCAGUCAAACUGGGUUUGGCUUUGGACAACAGGCUGGAUUCGGAAACCAGAAUGGAUUCGGUUUUGGGCAAGCUGGUUUUGGACAGGGUGGUUUUGGGCAAGGUAGCUUUGGUAACCAGACCGGCUUCGGACAAAGUGGUUUCGGUCAAACCGGUUUUGGACAGAGUGGCUUCGGCGCCCAAUCGGCUGCUUUCAAUCAAGGUUUUGGUGGGCAGUUCGGACAGGCUGGCUUCGGACAGGCUGGCUUCGGACAG